AUGGCCGACGCCGACAGGAGGACCUUUAACUCCAGCUUUCAGGGCCUCGUCUCCACCUGCGUCAUCUUUGCUGUCGUUGGUGGAAUCUCGGCCAUCACCUACGAAUCCCUUCGCCAGCUACGACGUCUUCCACGCACACGCUUCACCAAGUUCUGGCGCAAAGAUGCUAGUCGAAGACAUCCUCCAGGUGGUGUCCAGGACAAUCCAGCACAUGCUCGAGAUAAAGAUACCUGUGAAGACUGGGAGAUGGGCCACUUCUACCUUUCACGCGUCUUUCACGCUUCCACACCCUCGCCCAUGCUACCGCGAUGGCCCUUCGCCUGGGUCAAACGCGCCAUCUCCUUCACCGACGAGUGGUACGCUGAUCACACGGGCAUGGACACCGUCGUCUACGUCCGCUUCCUACGCGCCUGUCUCUGGUGGGUUCUGCUGCAGAGCUUGACAACAGCGCCCAUCCUGCUGUCGAUCCACAUCAGCUUCAGUCGCGGUGUCAGCACCACCGACAUGGCGCGCGCCUCGCUCUCCUUCCUCGUCAACACCCCCAAGCCUGGAUGCACCAAAAAAAAAAUAGCGGACUGUCCCACCGUUCCCAACGAAAGGGGUCGGUCGCUUCUCUGGAUCCAUCUCGUGUUCCUCUGGUAUCUCAGCGUCACCUGGAUCUUGGCGCUCUGGUGGAUCGGUACAGGUUCGCUCAAGGUGCGCAAAGCUCAGAUUCAAAAGACCAGAGAAAAGGCCAUCAAGGCAAAAGCGGAAGCCCGCAUAGCUACCGCUAACAAUACAGCACAUCCAACAACCACCAACAACGCCUCACCUCUGCAUCGGGAUCCUCACCAAAACUUGACCACAGCGCAAGGCAUCUCAUCUGACAAUAGCGACGGGUGGCGUCAAAGGACCUUGAUGGUCAUGAAUCUGCCCGGAACCAUGCGCGACGAAGCCAGCAUCCGCCGCUACUUCGAGGAGUUCCUGCGACCUGAUGACGAUGACACCUUGUCCGAUGAUGGUCACAGCAUCGACACAGCUUUCCCUGCUCCCGGUGCCGUUCGCCACACUCGGGACACGGACGCUCGGCACACCUCGGGCUCCGAUUCAAACCAUAGACCCACUUUGGGAGAACAGAAGGCCACAUCACCGGCUGUAUUCUCUGCCCACAGCGACGGGCCCAAUGGUCCUCAGCCCGACUUGCAUCCCGACCGCCACUUGAAGAGCCCUAUUCAGACCGUCGUGCUCGUACGCAAGAUGAACGAGCUCGCUUCCAUGCUCUCUCGUCGUCAAGAGGUGCUUACCCAACUCGAAGCUGCACACGUCAAGCUCGCUCAAGAGGUGCUCGUCACUGUGGGUCGCCGUACUCUCAAGAUGCGCCGACAAGAACGCAAGAAUACCGCGGACAGAUCGUCGUACUACCACCACAAUGGACAACCGCGAUCCUCCUGGUCCGUCUUGAAACGAUACACCGCUCGCCUCGGCCGUCCCUUCCGCUCGCGCAGGCACUCCAAGCAUGUUGAAGCUGCCAGCGUCUCGCACUCGGGUUCGGUAACGCCAUCGGAAGCUCUCGAUCCCGACAUUGAAAAGCUCGGUUCGGCUCAACACACGGCUAGCAAGGCAUUGGAGGAAGAGCUCGCGAGGAGGCUCGCUCGGUUCUCGCCCACUAAUCGCGGCUUGCACGCCAAGCAGACGCAAGCCAUCGAGAAUAACCAAGAUGGCAGUGGCGAUCAUGAGAUGAGCGAGACUGUUUGGGAGGCGCUCAACGAACUCCCGCGCGAGUUGCUCGACCCAUUCCAGCCCGCCACCAGGCUGUCGGCACUCUUCCGCGGCCAGACGGUCCCCACCAUCGAUUAUCUCCUCACCAAGCUCAAUCUUCUCACCGCGCUCGUGACAGAGAUGCGCUCGAGGCCGCCUGCCAGCUACGAGCCCACCUCGACUGCCUUUGUCACCUUCCGGGAUCCUCGUCAAGCGCGCAUGGUUUGGCGCGAGCUCAAGGACCAGAUUGUCGUCAAGGUGCGCCUGGCACCCGAGGUCAAGGAUCUCGACUGGGACCGUCUCAUGAAGACGUCGUUCACCGUCGACGUUGUUCGUGGCCUUGGCGUCAGCAUCGUCACCUGGGGCUUCACUAUUUUUUGGGUCAUCAUCGUCAAUGCCAUCGUCCUUGGUAUCUUCAGUGUCGACAAGCUCAAACAGAUCCCCGGCCUCGAAAACUUUUUCAACGAUAACCCCAAAGUGACCGGCUUCGUCACCAUCACCUUGCCGCCUCUGCUCGUGUCGCUCGCCUCCAUGUCGGUACCCGAGCUCAUCUUCCAGGUCAGCAAGCGUGCUCAGGGCUUUGUCACUUUCAGCGCGCUCUACGACAUGUGCCUUAUCCGCUAUUGGAAGUUUGUCAUUUGCAACGUCGUCAUCUUCUUCAGCGUGGGAUCGACCGUCAUCAUCACCGUGCUUACCAAGGUCGGCAAUACGGAUGGCAUUCUGCCCACCGUCGCCGGUGCUUUCCCCUCCGCCGCGCCCUUCUUUGUCUCGUACUUGAUCCUUCAGUUGGCGCUGCAGUCGGGCUUCGAGCACAUGGGCUUUAUGGUUGCGCUGCUCCAGCACUGGGGUGCGAGGAAAACAGUGACACCUCGUUUGCGAGCCAUCAAGACGCUCCCGCGCAACUUUAACAGGUACUACUGGCUGCCUCUGCACAUCAACAUCAUGGCCAUCGUCUUCAUCUUUGCGCUGCUCAACCCGCUCGUUAUCCCAUUUGCGUUGGUCUACCUCGCCCUUGCCCUCGUCAUCUUCAAGAAGAACUUCGCUUACCACUACUACCGACGAUUCAACGAGAUGGAGGGCGUUGUCUAUUUUCUCCGGCUCUUGCGCUACAGUCUUGAUGCGAUUGUGGUGAUGCAAGCCGUUCUACUCAUAUUCUUUUCGGUGCUACCGAAAAGGAGGCCAGUGUACAUUGGCAUGUCAGCUUUGCUCAUUCCUCUUACCGUCAUCACCAAGCUCAUCGCCACGCGCCUAUGGAAGUCGCAGUGCCGAGCUUUGGACGACGAAGAGGCAGAAGCGCUGUGCGGCAUCGAUUCUCGUCCCCUCUGGCAGAAGAUGCAGAGAAGCGGUCUGGGACCCAGCACUGCCGACGAAGGAGGCGACAGCCGCACUCCGCUGGAUGCACUUGCUGCAGGACGAUACCCCUCCGUUGUGCCUCCACCGCCCACCAAUUCGGCCUUCCAGCGCGUUUGGCAACGGCUUCACGACUCGUUCAACGCCAAUGGUCUCGAUGCACAGAGCUACCUCGCCACCGCGCACGCCAAGGGCAAAGCACCCUCCAAUGCAGUCGGCCUCGGCGCGAAAGGUAUAGCAAGGACGCCUCGAUUCUUGAUGAAAGAGACGGCCAAGCAUGCGUUCCAUUACCGUCAUGCCGCAAAAACCUCGCUAGGCAUGAACAAUCUGGGAGAGUCGCCUCGCCCGAGUCGCGACCGCACUUCGGGAGAGGGUAAACGAAUCAUUUCCGGCCUGCCGCCAACGAGUCAGCUAUACGUUCAUUCUUUCCGAAACUCACACGAAUCGCCUGUCGUCGAGGACCACCAGCACCAGCAUCAGCACAUGGAUGGCGAGGUACCCAACGAACCCUCGACUGUUCUUCAGCGCCGCACGGCCAUUCGCAAGCAGCACGUGGUACACCGCCGUCGUGGCAGCUCGAGGAGCGAGGACCGUCCAUUCCUUUCGGCUUUCGAUGCUGUCGCUGCUCAUGCUCCGCUGCCGAGUGAAGACGACUACGACCUGAGCUUCGAGGACGGCGAUGCGCCGUAUCUGGAGCAAGACGAGGAGGGUCAUCUACUGCGUCAGUCGAGUUGCCGUUCGAGAUCGCGGGGCCGCCGUCAAUUUGGAACGCUGCGCAAGAAGCCAAGCCAGCUGGCUACCGUCGCUGAUGAGGAAUCGCCGCAGAGCCCAGGCGGGUAUGAGAUGCGCGACGGGGCCGAGGGGAAGAGCAGCACUGAUCCGCUGUACCAGCAGGUAUCGGAUCAGAGCAAGCACGCUGCCGUCAGCAUCGACAAGGGAUGGGCCAAGUCGAGUCAGCCAUCGUUCUACAACGACUACGACGAGUCGCUCAAGGGUCGCGAGCUGGUGCGUCCUCAUCCGCCCGUGCGCUGGGACGACACGCCGAAUAACACUGCGCGCUACAACAAUCCUUUCUACAACCAAGAGAUGGACGACUUCCUUUGGCUGCCGCGCAAUCCGUUGGCGCCGCUGGAUCUGUUUGAUACGAUCGAGUGGUACGGACCGGCGAUGGUCAGUUCGCAGGGUGGUGGGGGUAUUGUGGGUGAAUGGGACGAGGAGCAGGACGAAGAUGAAUAUGACGAGGACGAUGACGAAAAGCUCAGGCUGCAUGGGGACGAAAUUCCUCUUGGCGGCGAGGCGGCUACGUUUUCUCAACCCAGAGACUUCAUCUUGAAUGGCAACGAGGAGAUCGUGCUGCCGGAUCAGCUGGCUCGUCAUCUCGAGGAGACACAGGCGGUCGAGGAAACCGUGGAUCCGGCUGCCAGCAUUCCGAAGAAUAUGAUGGAGGACUACAAGCGGGCUCUGCGUCGUAGUGAGCAAGCCGAUUGCUCGCCAACUUCGCCAUCUGGCUUGUUGCGACGACGUGGCAGCAAUCUUUCGUCGCCUUCGCGCCAGGGUCAGGGCUUUGCGGGAGGUCCUUCCCUGCUGAAGGUACCUUCGUAUGGUUCGUGGCGCAGUGGUGAGGAGGAUCAGGCGCUGGCAAGUCCUACGAUGAUGCGAGACUCUCGUCGACCGGGUACGGGCGAUUCGGAGCCGCUGGCUAGUGUUGCUGAGGGUGGAGUCAUGGUUCCUCGUCGUAGCUCUAGUCGUCGGAUGCGCAGCAAGGAUCAAGACGAUGGUGAGGACACAGCCGGAGCUGCUGCGGAUGCCACUGCUGCUGACGGAGAUGAAACAUUGGAAGUCUCGCCGACGAAGAAGCGAGAUGGGGCAUCGACGGCAGUGGAACGCAAUGUGUCACGCAGGACGUACCGACGCGAUGCUUCGGGCGCGCUGAGUCGCGCGAGCGGCUUCUCGGGCGGUACGACGCACAAGACGGUGACGUUGCAGGCGGCUUUGCGGGCGGAAGCGUUAGAAGAAGAGAGACGACUCACGCUGAAAGAGAGGCUGGCGGCGUCGAGGAGUCGCAAGAAGCGCAACGCGUCGGAGAACGCUUCUGCUCAUCUCGAUGGGUUGCAGGAGGCAGCGAACGCGGACGAGGAGGAUGAUGAAGAAGAAGAGGAUGGUGGGACGAUGCGCCGACGAGGAAACUUGAGCAGCAUCAUGAGUCGAUACGAGGCACAACACCGACGACGCGAAGCAGCGCAGGCGAGCGAGUUUGGGCAGAUGACGCCUCGGAGGGGGCGAGAGGUUUCGCAGGGUUCGCAGCUGGACGAGUUUUCGCCGACGAGCAAGCUCGACAGAAGUGGGAGUAGGAGAUUUCGAUCGGCUGCGCUCGGGGUGUUGACUUUCUCUCGGUCGCAAAAGGUGGCUGCGGCCGGAGCGAAUACGGUGCCGAUGCAAGAGCUGGGCGUUGGUCGUCCCCACACGACUGGUAGUGGUAGUGGUGGUGGGGUUGGAGUAAGUGCCAGUUCGAGUCAGGCGGGGAAGAAGAAGGAGGAGGAGGAGGGGGAAGAGGCAAAGGAGGCGAAGGAGGAGGCGGUGUUGCCUGCUGAAGCUAGCCGUACCUCUGGGCUGGUGGAGAACGUUGAGGAGCCAGCGUCUCUGCAGCAGCAGCAAGGGCAGCGGCAGUAG